AUGAGCGCGUGCGGCGUCUUGUGCCGCUACUUUUUCCAGCAAACGUUGUGCGAGGAGACGGACGCGCGUCUCGAGGAGUUUGCGUCGUCGCUGAUGCUGUCGUCGUACCCGACGCUUGCUGAGCUGCGUCGCAAGUUUCCGUUCGAAGGCUCGUACCACUUUCGUCUGCAGGUUUCGCCGGCGCAAGCGUCUUCGCGUCUGUACUGUUGGCGAGAUCUGAUCGAUGAGACUGCAGUGCUGCCUGUCGCUAACAAUGGAGAGAUCCGCGUGAAGGUUUUGCAGCUGCAGGUGGUGGUAGAUGAUCGGGAGGAGGGAGAGGGAAGGACGAACAAAUGGGAGAGAAAGCAAGAUCGUGAGAAGCAUACGGAUAAGCUGACGACGGUAAACGAGGAGCUCGUGGACGUGUUGGAAGACCGACAGUUUCGCGCCUUCUUCGAUUGGCAGAACAGCGCUCUGAGCGAAAAAGCGAGCGACUAUCGUCUGCCACCAUCGCAGACGCAAGAAGUGGGCAGCGUCCUGAUCGGUGCGAAGAAAGCGCUGGCGUCCAAGAUCAAGAGCUCAGUUGUGGCCCAAGCGUUGCAGAAGCACUCGGUGCAGAUGUGGGAGAAGGUAACAGCUGCAACUUCUGGUGGAGGUGCUGGAGAUGGCACUGCGCCACCCACAGCUUCGGUGUUAGUGCAUCUGGCCAAGCUCAUCGGUGCCAUGAAGACGCCGCUGCACCCUGAAAACCGCGAGCAUCUCGACAUGCUGCAGCGUUUGUGGGCGUCCUGCUUUGAUACACAGCCGUUCGCAUUAACGAGCCCCGAAUGGAACAGAAUUGGAUUCCGACAUGGCGAUCCUGUGCGAGAGAUACAGUUUGUGCUGCCGAUGCAGUGUCUGCUUUAUUUCCACGAAGCGCAUCGUGCAGUGGCGUUGCCGAUUCUGGCUGACCAGAACGGACCAGAGGCCUAUCCUUACGCGCUGAUGGGAUCUCAGAUCGCGUACAUGCUGGCCGAUCUGCUGCAAUUGCAGGACGGUGGCUGCCUGGGCUCGGAGCGUCCAUUUUGGAGACUCUUCGAGGACCCCGUGGCAUUUUUCGAGCUGUUUUGUAUCGCCUUUCGCGUAUUCGACACGUCUUGGAAGAAUCGUGUCAACCAUGCGUCCGACAUCAACUCCCAUCUUAGCUACGCGGGUGAGUUUGCUCGAAAUCUGCUUUACCAGGGCCCCGAUAGUGUGGCGAAUCUCAUUGAGUACUCGUACCAGCUACAAGACCGUUAA